AGCUUCAGGAUCUCAGCUGAGCCCUGUUCUGAGCUGAAGGUUGCACAUACACCUGUAGCUCUUCCUCCAGGUUCUCUAACUGCCCUGUUCUGGAUGCUCUGAUCUGGUUUCUUUGGAUACAACAGCCCAUAACAAGUUACCCAGUCUCCUUGAUCAGUCUCCAUGAUGGUUUGUGUGUGCAUAGCUGUUUUGUUUCAUUUAUCCUGUCCUGGACUGUUUGCAGUAACUUGCAAGGAGGUGAACAAUCUCAUCUGCUGGCUUUCCUCAAUCAGAAGCAAACUGAUACACAGGUGUAUCUUUAAUUGAAGCUCCUCAAGCUAAAAAAGACUCAAAAUAUCCCAUUUAUCUCUUUAUAGGUGACCUUAUGUUCGGACUGCUGCAUGAAAGGCUGUUCUAGAGGAAUGAAGAAGGCCUUCCAGAGGUGCACAGAUACGUCUGAGCUCUGUGGUCUGUUACUGCUGUUUUGGGAGCACAGUCUCUCACUUGGAUGCUUGCAUAUCUAUAGUGGCUUUGUGCUGUCUUUUCCAUGGGCUUUUGUGCUUUGAUUUGCCUGUCUCAUGACUCCAGAGUCUAUUCUGAUGUUGGAGAUGCCUCUGUUGAUUGGAUAUAUAAAUCAGGGGCUUUUUUUCUUCUGAAGUUGCUCAGUUCCACCAGGUAACACAGGAACAGAGCCUUUAGUCUCGAUUGCACUUAGUCUGUAAGUAGAGGGCAUUGAUUUACAUCUGAGGAAGCACCAGCACUUACAAGCAGCUGGCUGUAAGUUCUUAUUAAGUCGGUGAUCCUCAUCAACACCAAGAUGCAGUCAUUGGUUUGUAACUUCAGUACAUCUUAUAACACUUUCUAUUGUGAUCAGGUUCAAGUCUAAUGUUAGAAUACCUGUUCUCAAGUUCGUGACACCCAUUUAUGCAUAGAAAGUGCAUAAUGAGUAUCAAAAAUGGUUAAAACAAUCAAACAACCUCCUUGUUACCUGUCUUCUAUCAAAGUGAUUUUGUUGUGGAGUCCCUGCUGCUGUGAUAACUCUUAUCUGAAAAACAGAUUCCAGGUUUCUUGUUUCGCCAUUAAUAAUACAGGAUUACAAAAGGUCCUGUUUGUUUUGUUUUGUUUUUCUCUCUUUUUUUUUUUCUUCCUCAUUUUUAAAUAGUAACAGGCCCGCUUUAAUUAGAAAGGCUGUAAUACAGAUUAAGGCAUUAGGCAGGCUGGAAUCCUCCCAUCUCAGUGAAAUUAAGAGAGUGCUGAGAGAACCAUUUAGAUAAUCAAGACCACAGAAUAUUCCAUUAAGCCGUAUGCAGUCAGGCAAAGUAAAGCAAACGCUCACAACCCCAAAUCAUGAACUUCUGAGACCUAGCAGGUGCUGUAUUUUCCCCCAAAUAACCUAUUAUCUAAGUCCAUAGGUCCUGCAAACCUUCACCUGAACAGAGGCAUGGGGUUAAUGAUGUGAGCAGAAGCUGGAAAGAUGAGGAGGCUGCACAAAGGAUCCGUGUAAAGGAUGCUCUGCAGCUCAGAUUCAUUUCUCCUUUACUGAGAGUUAAUAUCCAAAACAACAGCUAUUGUGGGCAGCACCGGCCGUGGUGAAGGAUGGGGAAGAAUGGAAUAAACCAUACAGAGCACAAAGCAGGACCAGGGUUUUAUUUCAGAUCCAUUGUCUCCCUGGGAUUGUUUUGGUCCUUGGGGAAAGUGAGAGUUUUAAGAUGGAAGAAGUCAAAGUGCCGUUGCACAUUCUUCUUUUUUCUUUUUUUUUUUUUGACCUAUAAUUAGCUUAAGGUAUUAAUAUAAAAAGUAGGUAGCUGCAUCUAAUGAUUUUUGUGUGUGUGUGUGUGUGUAAUCUGAACCAUCUGCCUCUAGAUAUUAAGGAGUUCACUCUUUAAUCCAGAUUAUGGCUGACAAACUGGUUUUGGCAUUCACGUUUCACUAGCACUGUGCCCCUGAGGAGCUGCUGUGGCUGUAGAAACUCUCCUGCUUGCGACUGUUGAUUUUGGACGUUACUCUUGUGUUGGUUGGUUGGUUUUGGCUUUCCCGUGGUGGUUUGCUUGUAGCUCCAUUCUUCCCGAGGAUGGCCUUCCUAAUGAAAAGCAUGCUGAGCAACCAGGUGAAGAAUCUGGGGCUUGGAGGUGGAGGAGAAGAAAGCAAAGAAGAAAGCACUCCUUCCGACCCAGCAGCUGCUGCAGGAAUGACCAGAGAGGAGUAUGAGGAGUACCAAAAGCAAAUGGUGGAGGAGAAGAUGGAAAGAGACGCAGCGUUUGCACAAAAGAAGGCAGAAAGAGCCUGUCUGAGGGUUCACCUGAGAGAGAAGUACCGACUCCCCAAGAGCGAACUGGAUGAGAACCAAAUACAGAUGGCUGGAGACGACGUGGGUUUGCCAGAAGACCUCCAGAAGAUGGUGGCAGAGGAUCAGAUAGAAGAAGAGGACAAGGACUCUAUCCUGGGACAGUUGCAGAACAUUCAGAAUAUGGACAUGGACGCGAUCAAGGAAAAGGCACAAGCCACCUUCACCGAAAUCAAACAGGCUGCUGAGCAGAAAUGUUCUGUGAUGUAGGGGAGACCCAAGGGCUGUCAAUCCAGCCCCACCUCACAGGGGUGGGGGUGA